AUGUGCACGUUGGAGCAGUUACCCAUUGAAGCUAAUCCGCUGGGCGUUGCAGCCUUAGAAGCCAAUGAAGUACGGAAUAAUCUCUCCUACAACGAACAUGCUGCUCUAAUUUCACUGAAACAUGACAAUGACAUUAUUAUUAAACAAGCUGACAAGGGCGGCGCCAUUGUCAUUCAGGACAAAUCCGACUAUAUUAACGAAGCUUAUCGACAACUUAAUGAUAUAAACUACUAUAAAAAAGUAGAUUUCGACCCCAUCCCGGAAUUUGUUGAAAUAAUUGAAGACAAGCUAUGUAGUUUACAGAAAAACCAACACAUAAGUAGUGAAUCUUUACAGUUCCUUUCACCUAAACACCCAAUUCCAGGUCGCUUUUACAUGUUACCAAAGAUACAUAAACCUAACAAUUCCGGUCGUCCUAUUAUUUACAAUUGCGGUAUGCCCACCGAGAACUUAUCUGCUUACGUUGAUCAUCACAUCAAAGAUAUCCCUCCAUGUUUGACGUCAUAUAUUAAAGACACAACCGAUUUUUUGAACAUGAUCUCUGACAUUAACAACAACGAAAAAUUACCUCCAAACACUAUUCUCUGCACCAUGGACGUUUCUUCUCUUUACACAAACAUUCCCCACGACGAAGGCCUGAAAGCUCUUGAAUCUUCCCUUUUGAAACUUGAGAAACCCAACACUCAGACUAUUGUAGACUUAGCUAAACUAGUUAUUACACUAAACGGGUUUGAAUUUAAUAAUGAAUUCUAUACUCAGACAAAAGGCACAGCUAUUGGGACCAAGAUGGCACCAAACUAUGCCAAUGUUUUCAUGGGAGACUUAGAGACGAGACUGUAG